CUGUCAUAUAAAAUCGAAUGAAACAAAUUUCGCGCGUAUUCCAUAUGUUUGUCUUUCUGAAUACGCUCUGCGCCGGAUUUGUUGUGAAUUAUAUCUUCAAUACAGCCGUUCUGUUUGUAUCGAACAGCAUUUCGAAAUGUCGACCUUGAAACCACUACAUUGUCUAAAUCUAGACAAAGCACAGCAGCGAACAUUCAUCGAGUUUUAUAAGUCAUUAGGCGAGAAACCGGCUACUACUGUGCGAAUUUUCGAUCGAACGGAUUAUUACAGCUGCCAUGGCGUUGAUGCCGCAUUUGUUGCCAAAACACUUUUUAAGUCUUCGAACGCGAUCAAAAUUAUGGAAGUAGAUAAUCAGCAGUUGCCGUAUGUUUCCUUGAGUAAAAACAAUUUCGAGGGACUUAUUCGAGACCUACUGCUCGUGCGUAACUAUCGAAUAGAAGUGUAUUCGAAGGAAUCGAAAAGGAAACAUGAGAAUGAUUGGUCGAUCCAGUAUAAAGGAUCACCAGGGAAUUUGGCACACUUCGAAGAUGUUUUGUUUAACAACAAUAACGAAAUGGUUAUCGGUUCGGCUCUGAUUGCUCUGCACAUUCGUCAUGAAUCCAAGCAACGAAUGAUUGGUUUAGGAUUUAUCGAAGUAAAUGAGAGACGUAUGGCCGUGAUUGAAUUUGUCGACGAUGAUUUCUACACUGAGCUGGAGGCUUUAAUUGUAGUUACGGGACCUAAAGAGUGUCUACUUCCCAGUGUCGCAGCAGAGUACGAACGUGUCGAGCAAAUUAUGAAGCGUAAUAAUGUGAUCGUUACAACACGCAAGGUGAAAGAAUUUAUGAAGGAUAAAGUCGAUGUCAUCGACAGUUUGAACAAACUGCUGCGGUUCCGCGAGGGACAGCAUCCAAACGCAAACACCAUUCCAGAAGUAUCUAAAUCGCUGGCUCUAAGUGCACUGGGUGUAAUCUUAAACUAUCUCGAGCUUACUCAAGAACCAGGCAACCAUGGUCAGUUUCGUCUGGAAUCGCUCGAUGCAAACCGCUUUGUUCAUCUUGAUGCAGCUGCAGUAUCGGCUUUGAAUCUUUUUCCAAACCCAGGCACGUCAGUUAAAUCGAACGCCUAUCGAUGGCAAAGUGUUCUGGGCGUACUUGAUAGGUGUCGCACACCACAAGGCCACCGAUUGAUGGCACAAUGGAUGAAACAGCCGCUACAAGAUUAUGAGAUUAUCAAAGAUCGGCACGAUAUUGUGGAGUAUUUUGUCAACAAUACCAUAGUACGCUCUGAGCUUUAUGAUAAUCAUCUUAAAAAGCUUCCAGAUAUAAUGUUCGUGCUCAAGCGUCUUUUACGCAGAAAAGCUUCGCUGCAGGACAUUUUUCGUUUGUACCAAGUUAUUUUACGUGUGCCAAGAAUGUUAACUCUUCUGGAAACGAACGAUCUAGAAAGUAUUGCUGUGCUGAACAAUAUAUACAAUCCUAUCAAGGAUAGCUUGAAUGAUUUGAAGCUAUUUAAAUCCAUGGUUGAACAAAUCAUUGACUUGCAAGCGGUCGAACAUGGCGAAUAUCUUGUAAAAGCUGAUUUCGACAGCCAGCUAAAGAAGCGAAAAGAAGAAAUGGACGAAGUUUAUUCUAAAAUGAAGCAUCAUCUAUCCACAGUAGCCAAAGACAUCGGAUUGGAUGCGGGAUCGUCUAUUAAGCUUGAAUUUGUUAGCCAACAUGGUUACCAUUUUAGAAUCACGCUUAAAGAUGAAACUUUAAUACGGAAGAACAAUUCCUAUCGCAUCUUAGAUGCCGUAAAGGGUGGCGUUCGGUUUAUCACAACUAAACUACAAGAUUACAGCGAGUCUUUUGCUACGUUAAAAAUUGCGUAUGAGGAACAACAGCAAACUAUUGUCGCAGAAGUGAUACGUGUAGCUGUAGGAUAUGUAGAACCAUGGACAAUGCUCAAUAGUCAGAUAGCGUACUUAGACUGUCUGGUAAGCUUUGCAGUGAGUGCUUCAACUGCACCGAUCCCAUACGUACGGCCCAAAAUGUAUCGCGAAGGUCCAAGUGUGUUAAAACUGAUUCAAGUGCGUCAUCCCUGUUUGGAGUUGCAAGAAGAUGUCAACUAUAUCGCCAACGAUGCAAUGUUUGACGCCAAGGAAACUUCCACUUACAUUAUCACCGGCCCAAAUAUGGGUGGCAAAAGUACCUAUAUAAGAUCUGUGGGAGUCACUGUCUUAAUGGCUCAUAUCGGCUCAUUCGUACCAUGCGAGAGUGCAGAAAUGUCAAUUUUCGAUUGCAUCUUGGGGCGAGUUGGCGCCGAUGAUAAUUUUACCAAAGGACUCAGUACAUUCAUGGUGGAGAUGAUCGAAACUGCAGGAAUAAUUCGCAGAGCAACAGAUAGAUCGCUUGUAAUAAUCGACGAGCUUGGGCGCGGCACAUCAACAUAUGAGGGAUGCGGCAUUGCGUGGUCCAUCGCUGAAUGGCUAGCAAAAGAGAGCAAAUGUUUUACCUUAUUUGCCACCCAUUUUCAGGAAAUAACCGACCUUGCCAGCUACGUAGAAAACGUGAAAAACUGUCACAUGCAAGCCAUAGUUGAUGGCGAAUGUUUGACUUUAUUGUAUCAGGUAAAACCGGGAGUAAUGGAGAAAAGUUUUGGCAUACAAGUCGCUAAGCUGGCUAAUUUUCCGCCAGGUGUCAUAAAGCUAGCUCAAAAGUUCUACAAUGAAUGUGAAGAUCAUCGAGGAGUCAUUAAAGAAAAGCAUGAUACUGAUUGUUUGGCGGUGCUGCAAAAGUGUUUCUCUGAGAUCGAUAAUUUUGAUUGUGACAGUGAUAAUUUUGCUUUGACUCCUGAUGCAUUGGAAAGAUUGUUAUUUUUGGUUAAUUAAGAAAGGGUUUCCGUAUGUAUCAUUCCAUCGUAUUCUCCAACAAGACAAUAGUUGUUUGUGAUGUAAUAAAUUUGAAUUGAAUUUGUUGGAUAUUUGAAAUGAA